AUGACGGACUCUCUUGCUGAUAGUGUACGUAACAUACCCCCCGUGACCAGAUUCUUCACCAUCUCCACGGUGAUAGUUUGCUUUGGUCACUCAGUUCAAUUGGUACUGCCUGGGAACUUGUUCUGCUAUUACCCAAUUUUCUUAGAUGCAUUUAAAGAGUUUACCAGUGUAUGGUACUCACCAAAGUCUGGCAUUUUCCAGAUAACUUCGGCACUUGGAAUUCUAUUGUUCCAGUGCCAUAGAUUUAUAACGUGCUUCCUCCUUCCUCAUGGGAUCGUUGUUGGACAACCGUUGCUGGCGAUCUUCGACAUUUAUUUCUUCUACACAUUUGCCAACCACUUGGAGUCAUCGCAGGGCAAAUUCCGUAGAAACUUCCCGGACUGUCUAUGGUUUACGUUGUUGACAGGAACAAUCAUCUUGAUCUUGACCUUUGCUUACAAUCUCCUCUGGGAUGGCCUGCAUUUGCCCAUGCACCAUGGUAUGAUGUUAUCGUGCGUCACGUACAUCUGGUCCAGAUCGCUGAAGAACUCCAUUAUCAAUUUCAUGGGUAUUAUCCCCAUCAAAGCGUACUAUUUGCCAGUAUUCAACUUAUUUAUUAAACUCGUGGUUGACGGACAAUCCUCUUUCAUUGACCUGUUAAUCGGGAUUAUUGGUGGGUACUUGUACCAGUGUAUUCAAAGUGACACCUUGCCAAUUUAUAAUCUCUUCCCAGGCUGUUACGGUAGAUUGAAUGUGACUAACAGGGGAGCUAACAAUUCCACAAGCAGCGGUAGAAGAGUAGGUUUCAAUGGACAGCAAUUUGGGUCCAACGAUACCCAAACUACUAGCGAUGUUAUCGAUGAAUCUAUUUUUGAUUUAGGGUACCUCAAAGCGCCAAUGUGGUUAUACAAUUACUUGAACUACCCAAAGAACACUUCCACGAGAAGCACCGCCUUUCUGGAGGUCACUACUGGACAUGCGCCUGGCUCUGUUAGUACGUUAAGAGGCCAGUCUGUUAACAGACCCGCUGCUGGAGGAUCAUCUAGUGGACCCAAAAGUGCUUCUUCCGAAGAUAAGGGAACUGCUAGCGGGUUUUCAUGGUUUGGCAAUGACCACAAUCCAUUUAAGGGCAAGGGUCAUAGGUUGACAGAUUAA